UAAGGUUUCGUUGUGGAAGACAAGAUUAACACGUAGCCGGCGUUUGACGUGUCCUAGUCUCCUAGUCUAGGCGCAUAGCAGUUUAAUAAUUUCUUGCAAGCAGUAUUAUAAGUUGCAACGUGCUGUGUUGAAGAAUAGUACAUGUUUGCAUGCUUAUAUCGAAAAGUUAGUAGUGAUAGGCGAGAAAAAAAUAUGCAUUAUAGCGUUUAAUUUCAUUGAGAACAAAAUGUUGCCGAAUAAAUCGUCUGCGACAAAUACGAAAAAAAUUAUGUUCCCUGAUAAAAAAACAACUACCAAGCAAAUGAAAACUUCUACCUUAACCAAUGCCGCUGGUCUUAAUUCUUUGAUUACUUUUACCGUAUUAUUACUUGCUUGGAUAGCAGGUUUUGCAUCCAGACUUUUCGCAGUGAUACGAUUCGAAAGUAUUAUACAUGAAUUUGAUCCUUGGUUCAAUUAUAGAGCAACUGCAUAUAUGGUACAACAUGGGUUUUAUAACUUUUUAAAUUGGUUUGAUGAAAGGGCUUGGUACCCUUUGGGACGUAUUGUAGGUGGAACAGUAUAUCCUGGACUUAUGAUUACAUCUGGGACAAUACAUUAUAUACUUCAUUCUUUAAAUAUUCCAAUACAUAUAAGAGAUAUAUGUGUCUUCUUAGCACCAGUUUUCAGUGGUCUUACUGCCAUUUCUACUUAUUUAUUAACUAAAGAAAUAUGGAGUGCUGGUGCUGGAUUGUUUGCUGCAUGUUUUAUUGCAAUUGUACCUGGUUAUAUUUCAAGAUCAGUAGCUGGAAGUUAUGAUAAUGAAGGAAUUGCAAUAUUUGCAUUGCAAAUUACUUAUUAUUUUUGGGUUAAAUCAGUCAAAACUGGAUCAAUAUUUUGGGCUUCAAUGACUGCUCUGUCAUAUUUUUAUAUGGUAUCUGCAUGGGGUGGAUAUGUUUUCAUUAUUAAUCUUAUACCAUUUCAUGUAUUUACAUUGUUAGUCAUGAAUCGAUUUAGUAAUCGUUUGUUUACAAGUUAUACUACAUUUUAUAUUUUGGGACUUCUGUUAAGUAUGCAAAUACCAUUUGUUGGUUUUCAACCAAUUAGAACAUCAGAACACAUGGCUGCAGGAGGUGUAUUUGCUUUACUGAUUUUUAUAGCUACUCUAAGGCAUUUACGAACCGUAUUGACAAAAUUUGAAAUGAGAUAUUUUAGUGGUGUGGUAGCAAUAACAGCAAUUGUCCUUUUACUAAUUUUGGUUAUAUUAACUUAUACUGGUUUUGUUGCCCCUUGGAGUGGAAGAUUUUAUUCUCUAUGGGAUACAGGUUAUGCAAAAGUACAUAUACCUAUAAUAGCAUCGGUUUCUGAACACCAACCUACAACCUGGUUCAGUUUCUUUUUUGAUUUACAUAUUCUUGUUACAAUAUUCCCUGUUGGACUGUGGUACUGUAUGAAACAUAUUAAUGAUGAAAGAGUGUUCGUUAUAUUGUAUGCCAUAAGUGCCGUAUAUUUCGCUGGAGUAAUGGUAAGGCUUAUGCUUACAUUAACCCCAGUUGUAUGUAUGUUAGCUGGUGUAGCAUUCAGUGGACUGUUAGAAUUAUUCUUGAAAGAAGAAUAUAGAGAUGGGAAUGAUAGAAUUGAAGGUAGUGAAGAAGAAAGUGAAGAAGAAAGAGAGAGAAGUCCAGGCAGAGCAUUAUAUGACAAAGCUGGAAAACUAAGAAGAAUGAAACAUGAAAGACCUAAGGAUGCUAAUGAUGGAUUAGGAGACAGUCUUAGAAAUAGUUUCAUCAUUGGUGUAUUAAUCUUGUUAAUGAUGUUCACUGUGCAUUGUACUUGGGUUACAAGUAAUGCAUAUUCUAGUCCUUCAAUUGUUUUAGCAUCUUAUAGCAAUGAUGGUGGUAGAGCUAUUCUGGAUGAUUUUAGAGAAGCUUAUUACUGGUUAGCUCAAAAUACACCUAAUGAUGCUAGAGUUAUGAGUUGGUGGGAUUAUGGUUAUCAAAUUGCUGGAAUGGCAAACAGAACUACACUUGUGGAUAAUAAUACAUGGAAUAAUUCACACAUAGCAUUAGUGGGUAAAGCAAUGAGUUCAAAUGAAAGCGCUGCUUAUGAGAUUAUGACGUCCUUAGAUGUAGAUUAUGUAUUAAUUAUUUUUGGUGGUAUGAUUGGAUAUUCUGGUGAUGAUGUUAACAAGUUUUUAUGGAUGAUACGGAUCGCUGAGGGUGAACAUCCCCAAGAUAUUCGUGAAAGUGAUUAUUUUUCUGAAAAAGGAGAGUUUAGAGUGGAUUCCGAAGGAUCUCCAACUUUAAUGAAUUCUUUAAUGUACAAGUUGAGUUAUUAUAGAUUUGGUGAAGUUAAAAUUGACUACAGAUCACCUUCUGGUUACGACCGUACUCGAAAUGCAGAGAUAGGAAAUAAAAAUUUUCAGCUCACCUAUUUAGAAGAAGCUUACACUACUGAACAUUGGCUUGUUAGAAUUUAUAGGGUGAAGAAACCAAAAGAAUUUAAUAGACCCAGGAUCCCAAUUGCAGAUAGAGUUAUAGCUCGUCAUGCAAACUCAUAUAUUAGCAAAAAGUUGAAGUUAUGGGGGGUUAAAUAUUAAUGUUUCAGACUGCACGACGUAAGAAAGGUUUCAUAAAAGGCCGGCCAAUAGUUAUUAAAGGACAGAAACCUCAAAAGAAAGCAACGUAACAAACGUAUAUUACUUAUCCCAUAACAAAUUUCAAAAAAUACAACUUUUGUAACAACAGAAUUACCGUCCCUUGGAUCUACCACAAGACUGUAGUCCAAAGCGUGAUUAAUACUGUCAAAGAAUUUGUUCGAAGGAUAUGUAAGAAAACAAAAAAAAUUUUAUUUCAAUGUGUCAGGAAACGAGAAAUAAUUAUUUUACCAAUUAUUUUUAAAAGAAAGUUCCAUUAGUCUUUAUGAUGAUUGUCUAAUAUACAAUGUCACAUCAUAUAAUAGUAUAUUACAUAUAAGUUUAUUUCACCUACUUCAUUGCAGUAUAGUAUUAUACAUUAUUAAUAAAUACCACUGUGUAUAUAUAUUAAGUGUAUUUCAGUAAUAUAUUUUAGGUACAUUAAUAGUAGAUACUUUUUGAAACUGUUGUAAUGAAAUUCAUUACACAAAUUAAACAUUAUUCUUUAAUGAAUUGAAUUGCUCAAAAGUUGUAUUUACAUGACACCCACACACAUAUAUAUAUAUAUAUGUAUGUAUUUUGAAUAUUUUCUAUUAGUUAAAUUAUUGUUUUAAUUAAUUUGUGUAAAUUUUUUGUAUGAUCAAAGAUUGAUGCAAUUUUAUUGAAAAAAUUAAUAACAUUCUGCAUUUAAUUGUACAGGUUUGUAUUGCAAUGUAUUUAGUAUAAAUUAUAUUCUAACAAACAAAAAAUUUAUUUUACUGAUUGUUACAUUGUUAAAAACAGUGGUUUUAAAAACACAUGUCACGUUUAUCCAGUUUGUUAUAUGGCACAUUGUUGAACAAAACAUUUGUAAUAACAUAGUCUUGUUUACAAGCAUGGUGUUGUGAAUCUUAAAA